UUUCCGGAAUAAAAUGUCGAAUCUAAAUAGUUCUGUCAGGUCAAAAUGCAGAAAGCUCUUUGUGGCCGCUAUCGACUUUGGGACAACUUAUUCGGGAUACGCCUUCUCCUCCACCUCGGAUUGGUCCAAAGUUUUGACCAGUAAUUGGACUGGGGGGAAGGUUGUCACCUUAAAGACCCCCACAGCUUUAUUGUUAGAUGCGGACCAAACGUUUAAGGCCUUUGGAUACGAGGCCGAGGACCAGUACAUAGACUUGGCACGAGAUGAAGAACAUGAGGAUUAUUAUUUCUUUCAUCGAUUUAAAAUGAUACUACAUUCCGAAAAAGCAAUAAGUAGAAAAACAAAACUGAAAGAUGCCUCAGGUAAAGAAAUGGAAGCCAUUAAAGUGUUUAAAAUAUCUAUAAAGUUUUUGGUGGGUGACCUGAUGAAGACUCUAAGGAAUAGUUACCCAGAUAUAAAGGAAUCAGAUGUUGAAUAUGUUAUAACUGUGCCUGCCAUUUGGGAUGACAGAUCAAAGCAGUUCAUGAGAGAAGCUGCACGAGAGGCUGGGAUUGAGCGAUCUUCCUUGACUAUAGCUUUAGAGCCAGAGGCUGCAUCCAUUCAUUGUCAGUAUCUACCAGCUAAAGACCUUAAUCUUUCCAGAUCUAAAUAUCUUGGAGAACUUGCUGUUGGGAGCAAGUAUUUAGUUGCUGAUUUGGGAGGGGGUACAGCAGACAUAACAGUGCAUCACAAAAUUGAUGACGGAUCUUUGGAGGAAAUGAGGGAGGCCAGUGGUGGACCAUGGGGCGGUAAAUCUGUGGAUGACGAAUUUGAAAAGUAUAUUGAGGAAAUCAUUGGAGAGGAAUCCAUGAAAGAGUUAAAGAAGUCAUCUUUUGAUGAUUAUUUAGAACUAAUGAGGAACUUUGAGUUAAAGAAGAGAUCAGCUAAGCCAGGGAAAGAAGGAAACACACAUCUAUCCGUUCCACUGGGUCUUGUACAAAUUGUCAAAAGAGAUAAAUCUCGGAAAUCUCUAGAAAAAGCUAUUGAAAUGUCCCCACAUGCAGGAAAAGUCACUUUUGAAAACUGGAAGUUGAAGUGGAAAAAUGAAGAUUUUCUUCGUUUCUUUGAAAGCACCAUUAAAAAAAUUAAGGAACAUUUACGAGGAAUUUUGUACGAUAGUGAUAUGGUAGCCGUGGAAACAAUUCUAAUGGUAGGCGGUUUUGCCGAAUGUGAAGUGGUCCAAAAAGCUGUUCGAGAGGGUUUCAAAAUGAAACGUGUAGUUGUCCCUGACGACGCAGGCAUUUCUGUUUUAAAAGGUGCUGUAUAUUUUGGACACAUUCCUGAUGCGAUAUCUAGACGAACAGCUCGAUACACAUAUGGUAUCCAAAGCUGGCCCGAGUUCAACCCAACAAAACACCCAGAGAGCAAGAAGGUGGAGGUCAAUGGAAGGGCUAGGUGUAAAGAUGUUUUCUUCAAGUAUAUAACAAAAGGACAACAUUUGACCGCUGGAUAUGAAAAAUCACAAAUAUUUCAAGCAUUAAACCCAAAGGAGAAGAAAUUAGAGUGUGCAAUUUACAUCUCCGAUAGCAAAGAUCCCAAAUAUGUGGAUGAUCCAGGAUGUCAUCGCCUGGGCGUCUUAGUUAUACCCCUGCCAGAUUUGCCAGAUGGUGCAUCAAUUGAAUUGGAAGAAAGUAUGAUAUUUGGAGAGACUGAACUACGACUUCAAGCUAAAGAUAUAUUUUCUGGAAAGAGUUAUGAAGUACAGUUAGAUCUUUUGGCAGAACCUUCGACUGAUGAUGAAUAAAACUGCAGAAUUUUUUAGGGUUGAUGGUGCAAUUGUUAAACUUGAAAAUUUGAAUAUUUCUACUUGCCGAUCUGUUAACAUAAUGAAUGACCUGAUAAGUAAUUUAUUCAUGCAUAGAAUUUAACACUUUGUGUUCUCUUGUAGUUUUGGAACUAUUUGAGAUGUGUCAAAAUAUAGUGUUGAAAAUUUUUAAAAAUAUUGUUUAGAAAAUCAACCUAAAUUAUCAGAAAUCUAACCAAGUAAAAUCCUAGACUUAAAAAAGUAAAAAAGAAAGAAUAAAAAAAAUAUACCAACAAUAGUAGCCUCAUCUAAAAUGCCACAGAAAAUAAUUUGACCACUUUGUUUAGAAUGAGGGGGGUAUUAUUUUAACGCAUUGACAUUGUUUGAUUUUUGUUUUAAAACGGUAAAUUUUCCAUAUUUUUAUUUUUCAGAAAAUAAAACUUGGGAAUAUU